CUGCUGACUGGGGUGUGGGCGGGGAGCGGCGGAGGGAGGAGGCAGAGCUGGCCGCCGCAGUUUGCCGCCGCUGCUGGGCGCCUAGGCAGAGCUCUCCGGGGUUCGGGCGGCCGCCAUGGACGAGCAGGCGGGUCCCGGCGUCUUCUUCAGCAACAACCACCCGGGUGCUGGCGGUGCUAAGGGGCUCGGGCCUCUGGCGGAGGCUGCAGCGGCCGGAGACGGGGCGGCUGCGGCGGGGGCGGCCCGAGCUCAGUACAGCCUCCCCGGGAUCUUGCACUUCCUGCAGCACGAAUGGGCCCGCUUCGAGGUAGAGAGAGCCCAGUGGGAGGUCGAGCGGGCGGAGCUGCAGGCUCAGAUUGCCUUCCUUCAAGGGGAGAGGAAAGGUCAAGAAAAUUUGAAGAAAGAUCUUGUGAGGAGGAUCAAAAUGCUGGAGUAUGCCCUGAAGCAGGAAAGAGCCAAAUACCACAAGUUGAAAUAUGGAACAGAACUGAAUCAGGGAGACAUGAAGCCUCCGAGCUAUGACUCUGAUGAAGGUAAUGAAACAGAGGUGCAGCCACAGCAAAAUAGCCAGUUAAUGUGGAAGCAAGGCCGGCAGCUACUCAGACAGUAUCUCCAGGAGGUUGGCUACACAGAUACUAUUCUAGAUGUGAAAUCCAAACGAGUGCGGGCAUUGUUGGGCUUUUCAAGUGAUGUCACUGACAGGGAAGAUGAGAAAAACCAGGACUCAGUUAUAAAUGGCACAGAGGCUGAAGUUAAAGAGACAGCAAUGAUAGGGAAGUCCGAGUUGACGGAUUCUGCCUCUGUGCUGGACAAUUUCAAAUUCCUUGAAAAUGCAGCUGCAGAUUUCAGUGAUGAAGAUGAGGACGAGGACACUGAUGGAAGAGAGAGAACUGUCAUUGAUACUUCGACAAUUGUUCGGAAAAAAACAUUGCCUGAUACCAGUGAAGAUCGAGACACAAAAGAAGCUCUGAAGGAGUUUGACUUUCUAGUCACCUCAGAGGAAGGAGACAGCGAGUCUAGAAGUGCAGGCGACGGAACAGACUGGGAAAAGGAAGAUCAGUGUCUCAUGCCUGAAGCCUGGAAUGUGGACCAGGGAGUAAUUACCAAACUGAAGGAGCAGUACAAAAAGGAGAGGAAGGGAAAGAAGGGGGUGAAGAGGCCCAAUAGGUCAAAACUACAAGAUAUGCUUGCUAACUUGAGAGAUGUGGACGAACUUCCCUCCUUGCAGCCAUCGGUCGGUUCCCCUUCCAGACCCAGCAGCUCCAGGCUUCCUGAGCAGGAGAUCAGUAGGGCCGAUGAAGUGGAAGCACUGACAUUUCCUCCUUCUUCUGGGAAGUCAUUUAUCAUGGGAGCAGAUGAAGCCCUGGAAAGUGAACUGGGCCUUGGAGAAUUAGCAGGCCUUACAGUGGCCAAUGAAGCAGACUCACUAGCUUAUGAUAUAGCAAAUAACAAAGACGCCUUGAGGAAGACAUGGAACCCUAAGUUUACGUUAAGAAGUCACUUUGAUGGCAUCCGAGCCCUUGCUUUCCACCCCAUUGAGCCUGUUUUAAUAACAGCAUCAGAGGACCAUACACUGAAAAUGUGGAAUCUGCAAAAAACAGCCCCAGCCAAAAAGAGUACUUCUCUAGAUGUGGAGCCUAUCUACACAUUCAGGGCUCACAAAGGUCCAGUGCUGUGCGUAGUGAUGAGCAGCAAUGGUGAGCAGUGUUACAGUGGUGGCACUGAUGGGCUGAUCCAGAGCUGGAGCACCACCAAUCCCAACGUCGAUCCCUACGAUUCUUAUGAUCCUUCUGUUCUAAGAGGCCCUCUGCUGGGCCACACGGAUGCAGUGUGGGGCCUGGCCUACAGUGCAGCACACCAGCGGCUGCUUUCCUGCUCAGCAGAUGGCACUCUUCGUUUAUGGAACACAACGGAGGUUGCUCCAGCACUGAGUGUGUUUAAUGAUAACCAAGAACUAGGAAUUCCUGCUUCUGUGGAUCUAGUGAGCAGUGACCCAAGCCAUAUGGUAGCAUCGUUCAGCAAGGGAUAUACAAGCAUCUUUAACAUGGAAACACAACAGCGAAUUCUCACAUUAGAAUCCAAUCUAGAUUCAGCAGCCAAUUCUUCGUGCCAAAUAAACAGAGUCAUCAGUCACCCCACUCUUCCCAUCAGCAUCACCGCUCAUGAAGACAGGCACAUCAAAUUCUACGAUAACAAUACAGGCAAACUGAUCCACUCAAUGGUAGCCCACUUAGAAGCUGUUACAAGUUUGGCGGUCGAUCCCAAUGGCCUGUACUUGAUGUCUGGCAGUCAUGACUGUUCAAUACGCUUAUGGAAUUUAGAAAGUAAGACAUGUAUACAAGAGUUCACAGCUCAUCGGAAAAAAUUUGAGGAAUCGAUCCAUGAUGUAGCGUUCCAUCCUUCCAAAUGCUAUAUAGCCAGUGCUGGAGCCGACGCCCUGGCUAAGGUCUUUGUAUGAUGUGACACAUCAGCUUCACCUUGUAGCUCUUUAUAAAAGUCAACUGCACAACAAAGAUACGGAAGACCAGGGCAAGAAUCCGCUCGCCCUGCCCUUUUGUUCUGCUGAGGGAGCACAGAGAACUUCGUUAAAGUAUAGUUUUGCAAUUCGUAUACUGUUUUCUAAAAUUAAAGUAUGUUCAGGUUGCUGCUAGGUCAGCCUAAUCUGUGAGCCUCAAACUUUGACAUUUCCCCCCAAAGAGACACUUUUAUUUCUGAAGUUGUUCUCAUUCGCUAGGCAGGCCUGAGCGAAACCGGAUUAGCUUCUCCCUUUUGAGUAAACAGGGCAUGCUGUAAAGGAUAAUUAAAGUUGGGUGGCCAGGCAUGAGUAGAGUGGAAACUUAGCUGUACUUCCACCCUGAGACAUGUGCUAAGUGUCCUAGGUAGUCAACUGUGCUGUGUGUGCUCUACCAGCCCCCCUGUGUAUGGCGGCCAGACAGUGUUCAGAUGAGUUUCUAACAUAGCUCUCCAUUCAGGCCUCUCAUAAAGCACAUGGCAAACCAUUUCACCUAUUAGGAGGGAAAGAUGCAGUAAUAUGUUAAUUAUAUUAUUAUUCAGAAAUGCUAAAAAAAUAUUUAGUUUGCAAGCAGAUUUCUAUAUUGUAUUCAAGUUUGAAAGUAGAUGUGGUACCAUCUACUACCACCAAGCACUCAUGAUGAAAAACAGUUAAUAGAGUCUGCUUUACUAAAGGUUUUAACUUAUUGUUAAAGGCAAACAGGGAAUCUUUCUAUAAUAAUUUGUUUAAAAAUUUGCUUCAUUAAUGUGCCAUUUAUAGUACUAGAGUGAUUAUUUCAUAAUGAUGAAAUUUACUUCCUAGUGACUGAAAAAGGAGAAAACUAUUUAUUAGCGCCCAUGUCUCAACACCCAUAUAACUGGUUCACGUAUUCCCACUGUUUCUUCCCUGCCUUUGACUUUCAUGUUGUCUGACACCUGCUAUAAACAGUUUAUAAUUAUUAUGUCGUGUAGUCCAAAGCAUGUGGGUACCCCAGGCAGGUGCUUCUGAGCCGUGCUUGAUAAAGCAGUGCACUCCUGAAAGUCCUCUUCCAUUAUCUCUGAGAACACUGUAGAGAUCUAGAUGGCAGACCUUGGUGCCUGUGACACUUACAAGGUUUGUUCUCCCCCUCUCCAUUGUUUAAUCGGAACACACGUUUUGAUGAAGAACAAAUCAAUAUUGUAUCCAGAGAAAACCAUGUCUUAAAAUGCCAGGUUUCACAUUUCUCUGUGAUCCAUAUGUGGUCAGCUUUUGGAAAUCUCAGAAUCCUGCUGACUAAAUAACCUAGUGCCCGGCCAUGCAGACCUCUUACUUGUAACUGUUGGAUGCUCUUUACCCUUCACACUAUUUCUCUGCUUUUGUCCCAAAUGACAGAGACUAAUAAUAUAAACAUAAAAUAUAAAUUAAUGUCCACCUUUUCACCAAAGUAUAUAUGGCAUAGGAUCUCAGUCUUAAGAAUAUUAUACCCAUAAUUAUUAUAACCUAUUAAAAUAAUUCCAUUGUCAUAACCAUGACAUUUUCUGGUGAUCUAUUCUUUGAAGUAGUACUCUCUUUGUGACAUGGUUGAUAAUUGACUUUUUAAAAAUUUCUGUUCAUCUGUUUAGAAUUCUCCAGUGUGCAGGCAAAUUUUCACUAACAUUGUGUUAUAAGGUUGAAUUUCCCUGGUUAUUAUAUAGA